AUGAUGAAGAACCUGAACGUGAACCUCAGCCACUGCGUGCGCAGCUACUGCAGCAAGAGUAACCCCUUCGAUAAGGUGCGGAGAAAACUGGGGCAGGGGGACCUCACUUACUAUGACCUGAACGAGCUGAACGACAGUAGGAUAAAAAGCUUGCCUUACUCCAUCCGAAUUCUUCUGGAAUCUGCUGUACGCAAUUGUGAUAAUUUAAAGGUUACUGAAGAAAAUGUCGAAACAAUUUUGUCAUGGAAAGAUAACUGCCGGAAAAAGAAGGAGGUGCCAUUUAUGCCUGCGAGGGUACUUCUACAGGAUCUGACGGGUGUCCCUUGUAUUGUGGAUUUAGCAACCAUGAGAGACACAGCUGCAAUGCUCGGUGGAGACGCAGAUAAAAUCAAUCCACUAAUUCCAGUGGAUUUAGUAAUUGAUCAUUCUGUCCAAGUGGAUCAUAGUAGGAGUCCCGAAGCAAGGGAAUUAAAUGAAAAAAAAGAAUUUGAAAGAAAUUUGGAACGAUUUAAAUUUCUAAAGUGGGGAAUGCACUCAUUUAAAAAUAUGUUAAUAUUACCACCCGGUUCCGGAAUUGUACACCAGAUAAAUUUAGAAUACUUAGCGCACUGUGUUUUUCAGAAUAAUGGAGUGCUUUAUCCAGACAGUUUAGUUGGUACAGAUUCUCACACCACCAUGAUAAACGGGUUAGGUAUCUUAGGUUGGGGAGUGGGAGGCAUAGAAGCAGAAGCAACCAUGCUAGGUUUGCCCAUAUCAAUGACAUUACCAGAAGUAGUAGGGAUAAAUGUGGUGGGGAAGUUAUCCGACCAUUUGUUAAGUACCGACGUCGUUCUGUACAUUACAUCCUUCUUAAGAAAGGAAGUCGGAGUAGUAAAUAAAUAUGUGGAAUUUUUUGGGCCAAGUUUGAAAGAUUUAAAGUUAGGCGAUAGAGCAACCAUUGCGAAUAUGGCUCCAGAGUAUGGGGCCACUGUGGGUUUCUUUGGCGUAGAUGAUACAACCUUGGAGUAUUUGGUGCAAACUGGUCGAGAUAAGGAGAAGGUAAACCUGAUCAGGGAAUACCUAGUUAAAAACUCUCUAUUUAAUAAUUACACAGACCAUAUAGAAUACACAGAUGUGUAUACAUUAGAUUUAUCAAAAUUGAGUUUGUCAGUAUCUGGGCCCAAGAGACCACACGACAACGUGUUGUUGUCUAAUUUGCACAAAGAUUUUACUGCUUGUUUGGAAUCCCCCGUAGGAUUCAAAGGGUAUAACAUUCCACAGAAUGAUAGAGAAAAAGUAAUUUCUUUUACCUAUAAGGAUGACAAAAAGUACACUCUUACACAUGGCAGUGUAGUGCUUGCUGCAAUCACCUCAUGUACCAACACAAGUAACUCCUCCUCGAUGAUAGCAGCUGGGUUGUUAGCAAAGAAGGCCGUGGAACAUGGAAUUGAGCCAAUCCCCUAUAUUAAAAGUUCUCUUUCUCCGGGAUCUAAAACGGUGCAGAAAUAUCUUGAAGCAGGGGGGCUUCUACAGUAUUUAGAAAAACUAGGUUUCUAUAAUGUAGGUUUUGGAUGCAUGACAUGUAUAGGAAACAGUGGGCAUCUAGACAAGGAAGUGGAGGAUGUUAUUAAUGAAAAUGAUUUGAUAUGCUCCUCCGUUUUAUCUGGCAAUCGAAAUUUUGAAGGACGAAUACACCCAUUGGUAAAGGCAAACUACCUUGCAUCACCAGUGUUAGUCGUACUACUAAGUUUGAUAGGUAAUGUCAAUGUAGAUGUUGCAACUUAUACGUUCACUACAAAAGGGGGACAGAAAAUUAAGGCUCUUGAUUUGAUUCCGAAAAAGGAGGAAAUCAAUGCCUAUGAGGAAGAAUACCUUAAAGCACACAUGUACACAGAUAUAUAUAAAAAUAUAAAAUACGUUAACAAGUACUGGAAUGAUAUAAAGAUAAAGGAAGACAAACUGUAUGAAUGGGAUGUAAAGUCAACAUAUAUUCAUAAGCCCCCUUUUUUUGAUAACAUGAAAUUGGAUCCAGAAAAAAUCCACAACAUUAAUAAUGCUCAUAUGCUGCUGUUCCUAGGGGAUAGUAUUACCACUGAUCAUAUUUCCCCUGCUGGUAUGAUCCAUAAAAGUUCGGAAGCGUAUAAAUUUUUGAAAUCCAAAAAUAUAAAAGAUGAAGAUUUAAAUACGUAUGGAGCUAGGAGAGGUAAUGACCAAGUCAUGGUACGAGGCACUUUUGCUAACAUCAGAUUGAUAAACAAGUUGUGCCCAGAUAAAGGGCCCAAUACAAUACAUAUUCCUUCCAAGAAAAUAAUGUCCGUGUACGAGGCCGCUAUGAAAUAUAAACAAGACAAUGUAGAUGUUAUUGUCGUCGCAGGGAAGGAGUAUGGGUGUGGUAGCUCUAGAGAUUGGGCGGCAAAAGGUUCUUACCUCCUUGGAGUGAAAGCCAUUUUGGCCGAAUCCUUUGAGCGUAUCCACAGAAGUAAUCUUAUCGGCAUGAGCGUGCUGCCGUUGCAAUUUUUGAACAACGAAAGUGCUGCACAUUAUAAUAUGGAUGGCACAGAAACCUUUUCCAUUGAACUAAAUGAGGGGGAGCUCCGACCCCAGCAACACAUAAAGGUUCAGAUGACCCAAAGGGGAAAGACCAUCUCCUUCGACGUGCUCUGCAGAAUAGAUACAGAAAUUGAGGUUAAGUAUUUUAAGAAUGGAGGAAUACUGAAGUACGUUUUGCGGUCCUUAGUGAAGGAGUAA